UAGACAUAAAGCUGAGCUAGCCUAAUUGUAUCGAUCGAUCUCAAAAUAAUACACUUUUUCGAGGUGUCGAAAUGAUGAUAAGAAAGGCACACAUUGAAUAUUGAAGUUUAGGGGUUUCAUAAUCAAGAAUCAUGAUAAAUGAGCUGGUAAAUGACUAUCUGGAGUACUUUAAAGUUGAUCUGACAAAACAGCUUGCACCUGUGGAAGAAACUAUAGAUGACAUGUUGACCCGUUUAGAAGAGUUUGAGAGCCUAAUGGAGAUGGUGCAAACCAACGGGCUGCACAGUCUAGAUGGAUCCGUGCCAAACAUACUACUGUACAAAGAUAGACUUAGAGCUCUGUGCAACCGGGUGGACAGACUUGAAACGUUUCUAAAUCGAGUAAAACACGAUCUUGAUGUGGUCGAGUCACAUAUGGAUGCUGCUGAAGCUGAUGUUGGCAACACCAAUGGAAAAUUUAAGAAUAUCUUGAAGCCACUGUUUUUUGUGAGUUUAAAGAAGCCAGAUAAGGCUGUCAGAUCUCCAGUCUAUGAAGCUCCAGAGAUUUUCAGAACUUCAGACUUCUUUCUUCCAGAUGAAAGUACAUCAGAUUCUUAAAUACUGAACUGUGUUCCUUCUGUACUAAUUAAUGUUUUGUACAGUGAAAUUAUUUUGGUCUUCAUGAGUGUAUAAUUGUUAAUUGCUAUAAUUUCUCUGUUGAACACAGUGAAAUGUUCCUGAAAAUUAAUAAAUUUCAAUGAAAAGCAUGUAA